AUGGUCAAUGAAACUGAACCCAAAGUUUGUGAUAAUGCAAUUCCGCCACCAAAAAUUGAAAUCAAGAGGGUGUAUGAGGAUGGAGAUCAGAAUGAAGUGAUUACAAAGAAGCAGAAGAGAGACGAGGUUGUUGUAAAACAAGAGGUUAAAGAGGAAACUAAUUCAGAUGAUUCUGAACACGACAAGAAACUUGAAGCUAAAAAAGAAUCUGGUACUGGUUGCGGAUCUUUGAAAUCAUCAGAUGAUGGUAUCUCAGAUCCCGAUUCUCACGGAAGCCCUGACGAGGAUAAUCCCGAAGAUUUGCAGAAUCCUGAGUACAAUGAGGAAGAAAUAGAGGGAAAAGUCUCCAUAACACCUCAGGAAAGGCACGAAACUCCAGCCAGACUAAAUGAAAAAUAUGCUGCACCGAAGACAAUAAUUGUUAGAAACUUGUCAUAUAGUGUGGAGCGGGCUGAUAUGGAAGAUAUUUUCAAAGAUUGUGGUGAAGUUGUUGAUAUUCGAUUCAAAAUAGAUUGCGAAGGGAGGUUUAAAGGCUAUGGAUAUGUCGAUUUUGGAACAGCAGAAGCAGCAGAAAAAGCCCUGGAAUUGAAUAAUACUGAACUAUUGAAUCGCCGCAUCAAAAUUGACAUAUUCCGUACGGGUGGAGAUCUUCAGUCUCACACUUUAAAGGGUUUUGACGCAUCUCUUGUAGAUAACAAGCCUAAAAGCCCAGCUACACCAAAUGAAACAAUCGGUGCAUCAAAGACCAUAUAUGUCAGAAACUUGUCAUACACUGUGGAACGACCUGAUAUGGAAAACCUUUUCAAAGAUUGUGGAGAGAUUGUUGAUGUUCGUCUCCAUACAGACCGCGAAGGAAAUUUUAAAGGCCACGGACAUGUUCAGUUUGCAACAGCAGAAGCAGCACAAAAGGCUCUUGCGUUCAACAGGAAAGUAGUUUUUAACCGUAUCAUGUUUGUUGGUUUAGCUUUGGAAAGGGGUAAAUAUGCCCCCAAUGGAAGCAGCUGGGCCUGGAGCAGCUCAUUGCAUAAGGAUGAAAGAUUACAGUCUCAAACUGUACCUGUUAAGUGUAUUAAUACAUCUCUUGCAGAGGGCAAGUCGAGUUGUGCAAAUGAGGUUAAGGAUGUAGAGAUGUUUGAUGCUGCCCCUGCUGAGAAUAAACCUGAAACACCAGCUACACAAAAAGAGAUAAAUGCUGCAUCCAAAACAGUAUGUGUUAGAAACUUGUCAUUCGAUGUGGAACGGGCUGAAAUUGAAAAUAUUUUCAAAGAUUGUGGAGAAGUUGUUGAUGUCCGUCUCCAUGUGGAUGUGGAGUUUGCAACCGCUGAAGCAGCAGAAAAGGCUCUUGAGUUGGAUUACACAAGAUUGACGAACCAUCCCAUCAAAGUUGGUAUGGCUCCAGCAGAGGGUGAAUGUUUCCCCAAUAGAAGCAGCGUGAGCAUCCCAUUCUCGAAGUGCGAAACUUUUCAGCCUCUAACUGUAUUUGUGAUCGGCUUUGAUACUUCCCCUGCCGAAGAAAAGAUAAAAGCUACCCUGAAGAAUCAUUUCAGCUCUUGUGGAGAGAUUACAAGAAUCUCAUUACCGAGAUUUCACGAUUCUGGUACUAUUAAGGGGUUUGCUCAUUUGGACUUCAAGGAUAUUUAUGGCUAUAAGAAAGCACUACAACUUGAUCAAACUGCGAUUGGCAAUUUUUGGUUGUCAGUUGAAAAAGCAAAGCCAAAGCAUAUACGCCAUAAUCAGGGUAUAAGUGGUGGCAGAGAUGGCUAUCAUGGCGGUGGAAGGGAUGUAGGAGACUAUGGGGGUGGAGUGGGUUGGGGGAGAAGUCAUGGUGCUGGGAGGCACUAUUAG